GCUGAUCAAAAAGUUCUCACUUCCUGAUUUUUUCUUCGAACGAGUUGGCUGGAACGCGAACGGUUUCUUUGGGAGUGUCAAUAAUCCACUGAAGAAUGCCAAUUAUAGCAGCUACAACGGUAUGGGAGGACAAAAACGCAAGUGAGGAAGAAGCAGCCGAAUACGGCUACGACUGGCACUUUAUGGCGUUUUGCAGUCUGUGGCGUUCAAGAACUCUGGAAUAUAGCAAGGCUCCCGUCAUACCAGCAACCAACAUCCUCAUCUGCUUUGACCUUCAAGACCAUCAGCAGGAUGAUAUGAUUAAGAUUGUUCGAGAGAGACAUUCGACCCAAUCGAAAAACGACCCAUUCCAUCUGCUACAGUUGGCCAGCAGCUUCGUGAUGAAGCAAUUCGAACUGGACCUGUGGACAUUCCAAAAGCCAAUCCGAAAUAUUGAAAAGGCGCGAGACAAUGCGCUGCAACGAUCAGCCAAGGACGAACUGCUAUUUAAGAGACGGUUUAAAGGAUACACCAGCAUGCAUGAGCUAUCACGACACGUUAUCCAUAUAUCAGAAUCGCUUAAUGUGGCUUCGAACAAUCUACUCGCCAUCGCCCGCGAUCAUCAGGACUUGACUCCGUCCAUCAGAUCGACAAACACAACAAAGGCACUACAACUCCAUGCCAACAUGCUAUCCAAUCUCAGACUCCGAGCCGAUGCAUUCGUCGAGCGAAUGAAUAAUGAAAUCGGCUGCGCGUCCAAUCUAGUCUCGGUCGAAAUUCUCGAUCAAACACGCGAUGAUGGAAAAUCUCUGGCAUCAACUGUCUCAGUCCUAACACUUCUCUUCCUGCCUGGGACGUUCAUGUCGGGCUUCUUCGGAAUGAACUUCUUCGACAUUUCCUCCGAUGGAUCAUCAUGGGUCGUCUCCCCCCAGAUAUACGUCUUCUUCAUCUGCACCAUCCCCAUCACGUUACUUGGGUUUCUGAUUUUCAUUCUCGAGUUGAAUAUGCUUCGCUGGACGAAAAAUGCGUCCAAGCCAAUGAGGGAUUAUGUGCAUCGGCGGUUUUUCAAUGCGCCUGUUAAGCCGGCGAGUCAGGCUUGAUUUGUAAGUAUAUCUACGGUAUAUAGUAUUCAAUUAUCCAAUGUGCAUAUAUAUACUCAGUCAGAGCUAUGCAGUGUCCGGUAUUUCGGAGUUAGGUGGAUGGAUUCAGAUCCUGAUGUCUGUUCACAUUAAGGUCGCAAAAGGUAUGAUGUCCGCCCGCUUAUAAAUAGUUCUUUUAACAACCCAGUCUGUCCCAACCCCAGCGACAUAAUACACACUUCGGCCAAGGCCUUGCGGUAUGCAGCUUUGGAGCGCUAGUAGGGACACCCAUCACAGCGUUUUGAUAAGCCAUAUUCUGCGGAGUAGCGCUUCUGGUUGGCGCUGUUGCCAGUUAUCAGCAAGGCUAUUGCUUAACUCGACAGUUGGCAAUUUAUUUAGCGCU